AACAUCAGUGUCAUUGACAGGGCUGCAGAAAACAGACAAACAGCUAACCACGAUGAACGUCAGGUGCCGUAUGAAGGUACGAUGAUUACGCAGCAGCACAUGAAUGCGAACAAUCGCGCCCCAUAAGUGUCAUAUUUGAGGAUUAUUACACAAUCUCCGCUUUUCAGGAUGUCGUUUGAAAUGUCUGCAUCAUUUCUACUGGAACUUUAUGCCAAUCUACAUCUAUCUGCAAUACACUGUAAAUGUUCGUUAAAUGCGUGAUGGAUACAGUUGAUGAGGAUUGUGAUUUUGCCUUUUCGGAAUACAGAUCAGUACGUGUCAGUGUUUGAUACUGAUGCAUAAUCAAAUCGGUGUUGAUGAUCGGACCAGUGAGCUUGCGUUUUUUUUUGUGUGUGUGCGAGUGUGUGUUUUUUGAUGGCCAUCACACGCUCAUAAUCGAAAGCACACCGCCUUAAAGCCCAAUUUAAUGGAUGACAGAUUAUUUAAAGCGGAAAUGUAUUACACCUGAACGGAUUACUAACUCAAACCUUAUAUGACAUAUCAUUUUCUGGGGGAGUAUAUUACAGUAAGGUAAGGGUUUGAUUGAAGGACAUGUAAGCAUAUACAAAUGCUGUUUCAACUAAAUUAAGGCCUUUUAACAGACUGAGAAUAAGUUAACUAAAUAUAAAAACAACAUAUACCCCCGUUGGACACCAAACAAAAUUGUUAUUAUUUUUUUAAAUACUUAUUAUUAAGCAAAAUGGUCGCCACUUAUUUAUAUUUUAACAAAAAAACUGUUUCCCUCAGAAUGAGAUUUUUUUAAUCAAAAGAGGCCAACAGUGUUUUUAAAGGAAAAAGGGUUUAUAGCAACUAAAAUAAAAAUAAUUUAAAUAAGAAAAAAAAAUGAUGUGGACAGUGGCUUGGAGGUCCCUGUUAUGCCCAACAUUUUUAGCAUCACUUUUAGCAGUGGGAACUGCUUUUCUUGGAGGUUUAAAUGCGUCAGAGAAGGAUAUUUUUAAAGACUUUGGCCCGUCGUUCCAGCUCAUUGAAAAGUUAGGAAAACUCCACACCACUACUCUUCACCCUAACUUGUACUUUAGCCAGGAUGAUGUACCACUGUUAAGACAAAGAUCAACCACAACUCAUAAUCAGAUUUUUAAAGUCAUCCGGGGAGCAGUGUUGACUAUGCUCUCCACAGGUCCUCUUUACAUGCCUCCCGCAAAGCACAAUGAGUUCACCAGCAAGUGGAAUGAGAUUUAUGGCAACAACCUCCCACCUCUGGCUCUUUACUGUUUACUGUAUCCUGACGACACAGCUGCCGUACAAUUUCUCAUUAAGUUUAUGGACAGAAUGUCAGAAUAUCCUGACUGGAAAGUAACCAGUGCACCUAAUGAUGAAGUGCCAAUGGCUCAUUCUCUCACAGGAUUCGCUACUGCUUUUGACUUCAUCUACUCAUCACUUGAUCAACAGCGCCAGGACCUGUACUUGAAACGGAUACGUUUUGAAACGGAAAAGCUCUAUGAAAUAUUAAAGAACAGAGGCUGGGGGAAACAGUUUUUACAGAAUCAUCAAACAACUAAUAUUGUAGCUAUUUUAACUGGUGCAAUAGUUCUGGGUGCACACGACGACAUGGAUUCGAUGGUUUGGAAACAGCUGUGUGUAAAUUACAUGGAAAAGACAAUGUUUCUGUUAAACCAUAUUGUUGAUGGCUCUUUGGAUGAGGGAGUGGCAUAUGGAAGUUACACCGCAAAAUCGAUCACACAGUAUGUUUUUCUAGCACAGCGCCACUUCAAUAUAGACAACACAAAGAACAACUGGCUUCGUACUCAUUUUUGGUUUUAUUAUGCCACUUUGCUGCCAGGGUUUCAAAGAACAGUUGGCAUAGGGGACUCAAACUACAACUGGUUCUAUGGACCAGAAAGCCAGUUGGUUUUUUUAGAUUCUUUUGUGAUUAAAAAUGGGUCAGGAAACUGGCUGGCACAGCAGAUAAGGAAGCACAGACCCAAAGAUGGUCCCUUGGGACAAUCCUUUGCCCAACGUUGGACAACUCUUCACACAGAGUUUAUCUGGUAUACUGCUGACCUUACACCACAGCCACCUUUUGGGUACAAUCAGGCUAAGAUGCACAUAUUCUCAGACUGGGGUGUGGUGACCUAUGGUGCUGGUUUGCCUAUGGGCCAAGGAAAUACAUUUGUCUCAUUUAAAUCUGGAAAGCUGGGUGGUCGAGCAGUGUUUAACAUCGUCCAUACUAAGCCUUACUCAUGGGUGGAUGGCUGGAACAGCUUUAACCCUGGUCAUGAGCAUCCAGACCAAAACUCAUUUACAUUCGCCCCCAAUGGACAAGUAUUUGUUUCUGAGGCAUUAUAUGGCCCCAAAUAUAGCUACUUAAACAACGUGUUAGUGUUCAGUCCUUCUCCAACAAGUCAGUGUAAUGCCCCUUGGGAAGGUCAGCUUGGGGAGUGUGCCAAGUGGUUGCGCUGGACAGACAAAGGGGUCGGAGACUGUGCAGGAGAGUUGAUUGCAGCCUCUGCUCACAGAGACACAAUGUUCAUGAGUGGGGAGGCAGGAGCAGCCUAUUCGUCAGCCAUGAAAUUAAGAAGUGUUUACCGAGCUCUGGUUCUCCUAAACUCACAGACUCUUCUGGUAGUCGACCAUGUUGAGAAAAAUGAGGACUCCCCACUGAAUGCAGUCAGUGCAUUUUUUCACAACCUCGACAUUGACUUUAAAUAUGUCCCCUAUAGAUUUAAGGACAAAUAUAAUGGGGCAUUGAUGGAUGUCUGGGAUGCUCAUUACAAAAUGUUUUGGUUUGAUAAUCAAGGAUACAGCCCCAAUACACAGAUACAGGAGGUAGAGCAGGCAGCAGAGUUUAAAAAGAGAUGGACACAGUUUAUCAACGUCACCUUUCCUUUCACUGAUUCAUUUGUUCGAAUGGCUUAUGUGAUGCAUGGGCCUUACAUUAAAGUUUCCAGCUGCAGGUUCAUUGACAACAGUAAGAAUGGUCUCAAACUUUCGAUUGUGAUUAACAACACUGAGAAAAUAAUUUCUAUAGUAACCAAUCACAAAGACAUAGGGGCACGCUUAAGGUAUCUGGGCUUUGGGGGGUAUGCUAAGGUCGAAGACAGACAUCAGACAGUCCGUUUUGGCUUGAAUGUGCAUUUGGUCCAAAAACAGAAAACAAUGCACAGUCAUCUGUUUGAUUUAGGAUUUUUGCUAAAUGUUAUAGCUGGCGUAGUACUGUGUGUGGCGAUUGUUUUUCUGACCCUGCAACGCAAAAUUUACAUUUGCUUUAGCAGAAUGAUACGCUACGUUUUGCUCUCUGUGUUACUGCUGUGGACCACCGAGCUUCUGUUUGUCUCCAACACCUGCGAUCAGCUCCUGUGUAGGGUAAAGUGGCGAGGAGUCACCACUGACCCCAAACUUAGCAAGCAAGUUAACAUCUAUGACCAGCAUCAACUCCCUCUACCAACUGUAGUAAUAACAACACUACCUGGCUCUGGAUCAGACAUACUAAAACAGCUUUUUUACAACUCCUCGGACUUUGUCUACUUGCGCAUCCCUACUGAGCACUUGGAUAUACCAGAAACAGAGUUUGAAUUUGACUCUUUAGUAGAUGCUUGUGAAUGGACCCAGUCAGAAGCACAGCACGGGCAUUUUAAAAUUAUUCAGGGUUGGCUACAUUCACUUGUCCACAACACACACUUAUUCUUGCAAAAUAUCCCACUUUAUGAAAACAGCAAUAUCAAAUUGGCACAAAGAGUUAGUCUUUCUCACAAGAGGAAAAGGUUAAGAAGAAGGGAGUCAGUGGCUGAAAUGAAGGGACGGGUGCGAGCUGCUUUGAACAGAGAUGUGGAGUAUGUCAGAGAGUUGAGAAAACACACAGCAGAACACCCUAAUGCCUGUGUUGUUCUGAAUCUGUGCAGUGGCAGCUGGGCUCUUAAACUGCCCUUUUUGCAAGAAGUUAUUGGCUCUUCUUUCAGAGCCAUAUAUGUCAUCAGGGACCCUCGGGCAUGGAUCUAUAUGAUGCUGUAUAACAGCAAACCUAGCUUAUAUUCCCUUAAGAACAUCCCACAGCACCUAGCUCUUAUUUUUAAACAACAUAUGCUUAGAGACAAAUGUACAACAUUCGCAGCUGAAUUUAGGAUGUUGUGGCGGCUCAUAUCUCAUUCAGAGACCAAUCCUGUGUUGUUGCUGGCCCACCUGUGGCGUGCUCACACUGCUGCAGUUCUUAGAGUUACAGCUACCUUAUCUGAGGAUACUUAUCUUCAAGUCAGGUUUGAGGAUAUUGUAAAUUAUCCACAAGACACAGCUGAGAAAAUACACUCUUUUCUGGGGAUCCCUGUAUCACCCUCCGCUCUGAACCAGCUCAUGUUCACCACAUCCACAAACUUGUACAACUUACUGUAUGAGGGGGACAUAUCACCAGACAACAUUAACAUAUGGAGGCAAAAAUUGCCAAGAAGAGACAUCAGGCUCAUUGAGGACACAUGUGGACUCCUGAUGAAGAAACUUGGGUAUCAAAGGUUCAGUGAUUGAUUAGCUGCAUUCCAGCUGUUGUUCUCAAUCUCUUGUAUAUGGGUGUUUGAUUUUCGGGUUAUAUUUUGCACUGAUUUGAAUCUGAAGCUAGCCCAUGCUAACAUGACAUUUUAUAUUAAAAUGCCUUCAGGAAUACCCUGCUUUAUUUAUUGCAGGUUUUGCCUAGUUUUUUCUUUUAUUUCUUCAGUCAUUUAUUUUAAACAUUAACAUUCUAUUUUUAAUGACCACUAUACAAUCUGUUAUCUCAUUUAUAGCCUGCAAAAUGCAUUUUGCAGGGUCAAAAUAUAAUUUUUCGAUGCCUUAAAUCAGGGGUGUCCAAAGUUGGUCUUGGAGGGCCGAUGUCCUGCAGAGUUUAGCUAAAACUUCCCUCAACACACCUGCCUCAAAGUAUCUUGUCUGCCUUGUAAGACCUUGAUUAGCUGGAUCAGGUGUGUUUGAUUAGGGUUGGAAUAAAUCUCUGCAGAGACACCGGCCAUCCAGGAGCAGAAUUGAACACCCUUGCCUUAAAUGAUUACUUCACUUUCGUAAAAAAAUUCUGAUAAUUUAUUCACCCCAUGACUGAAGAAAAAAAGAGAAACAUCUUGGAUUACAUGAGGGUAAGUAAAUUAUCGAGAAUCUUUUAUGAAAGUGGAGUAAUCCUUUCCAACUCAAAGCAUUGCUGUUUAUCUAAGACUAUCUGUCUGUAUCUAUUUAUAAGAGAUUGACAUACAGUAUAUCAGGGUCCUUUAUAUCAAAAUUAUCUUUGUGAUUUAUAUUUUUCACCUGUUUUUUUUUAACGUUUACUAGUCUUACUAGCCACUAGUAUUUAUUGGUGACUUUUCUCACUGUUGUGCUUAUUUAUGCUACAGACACUAUGUUUGAUGUUGUUUGAUAUAGAAAAAAACAUUAAACAUUGAUGCCUAACACACCCACAGGCAUAUGUGAGUUCAAUUAAUAUUAAUGUUGCACGAAAAACCAAUUUCAAUUCAAAUACUCAAGGUAGUUCUUAAUUCCUUCCUAACACAAUAAAUUAUUGCUGUUGUUGUACUGAAAUAACAAAACGAAUGAGAUAAUCGACAGCAUAUACUGCUUCUAAAAAAAUAUUGAAUUAUGAAAAAUCUUUUUGGAUUACUCUUUACUUUUUGGAUUAUACUUAUCUAACAAACUUUACUGUUUAGUUCGGGUUAGUCACUGCCCAUUUUUAAAUAUUUAUGUAAGUAAUGUAUUGUUUUUACUCCUGCUCUAGGUAAAGGCACCGCAUGGAAAACGCAACUGCACCACUUUCCUCCUUCUUUCCUACCCACUUUCUGAUGCAGCAUUCUGAAAGGUUGAAGUAUUUUCAACUGGCUGCGGCGCCAAUGCCAGUGCUUGAAGUGGUCCGGUACUAACCGCUAUACAGUACUGGCACGUCUCUAUUUCAAUCUUUAGUGUACCUUCCCUUUUUCUUACGUUCCAGCACUUCUCACAUGUUGCCACUACUGUGCCUCUCUAAGUCAAAGUGUCAGUAAAUGGGAAAUGAAUAGAAAUGACAUCACACUACAGGGAGGGGGCACCAAGUGAAUGAUCUGAUUUAUCUAUCAUCUCGACAAAUCACAUGAAUAGCUGUCUAUAGGAAGUUUUGUUCCCUAAUUUGAAGGGGACCAAGGUUGUGUGAGUCAGAACUUCACCAGGUUAAAGUAAACACCGUCUGUGAGCAAACCUGCACCUGUGGUUUUAACAGGUAGUUUGCUAUAGCAGCAGCACAAGCAACAUUACCACUGCUGUUACCUCAGAUAGUGAUGUUAAUGCUUCCCUGCCAAUGAUGAGUAUUUCCAGCUUUCCACAAUACCGCUAUUAUUCACCAAGUGACGCUCUUCUGCAACUUAAAAAUCUGGAAGUAUCGCCUUAGGGCAAGCAGCUGUAUGUCCGUGUCAUUUUUAAGGAUCAUUCUGAAUCUGAUCUCUAUCAAAAGUCCUUCACAAAAAUGUAAU